AUAAAAACUGUUUGCGGAUAUAAAAGCUAGUAUAAGAGUGACGUUCUAAUCAAUUUCACUUUUAAAUUUCGAGUCGUUUUAAAUUGCCAUGCCUCGUGUUACGACAAUACUUAUUGUUCUGGCUCUUUGCGUCGCAACUGUCGUCUGCACGCCCACUUGCGGACCAAAUGCGAUUUUUUCUAACUGUGCGAGCGCCUGCCCGAUAACUUGCAAAAAUUAUCCUAAUCCACCAAAAUAUUGUAUUCAAGUCUGUGUAAAACGGUGUAAAUGUUUAAACGGACGUAUAUUAAACAACAAAGGAGAAUGUGUCUUACCCAAUGAAUGCUACUAAUUAUUCAUGAUGGCGAGAAAUGUCCACGUAAAGUUCCGUAAAAAUAUUUAAUUUAACCAAAUCGAAAGACCCGAAUACACGCUUCUAUAAUAAAAUAUGAUAAUAUUAUAUUUUAUGAAUCGUAUCUUUCUUCUACCUGACGUUAACUUGAAUGUUUGUUACAAUGUUUAUCGACUACUCUAAUUUGUCUAUACAUAUAAUCAAUAAUUGUUAUUGCACAUUA